CUUCAAAGACAGAAUUGAAGGUGCUCUCCAGCUUUGGACAUUUCCUGCACUUGAGAUGCAACCAAAGAAUGCCCCAAUCCUCUGGGGGUGCUUCCUCCUGUGGAAUCUCUACGCCUCAUCCUCCCAAACUGAUUACCCUGGUAUCAAGGCAAGGAUUACCCAACGGGCACUGGACUAUGGAGUUGAGGUUGGAGUGAAGACGAUGGAGCAAAUGAUAAAGGACAUGGUCAUCCCAGAUUUGAAAGGCUCUGAGUCUCUUGACUUUCUGAAGAUUGACUACGUGAAGUACAACUUUUCAAACAUAAAAAUCAAUGCCUUUUCAUUGCCAAAUGCCUCGUUGACCUUUGUGCCCGGGGUAGGAAUCAGAGCCCUGAGCAACCACGGCACUGCCAACAUCAGCACCAACUGGGAUGUCAAGGCUCCAUUUUUUUUGGUCCAGCUCUGUCCCAUUGUCACCAAUGAAGUAGAAGCACUCAACCUCAACAUCAGUGCACUGGAAGUUUUAACCAAGAUUGACAACUAUACUGUACUGGACUGUUCCCUGAUCAAUCCUCCAGAAAUCACUGAGAACUACCUAGACUUGAAUUUAAAGGGCUCGUUCUACCCACUGGAAAGCCUCGUUGACCCCCCCUUCCCACCAGUUCCCUUCGAACUCCCAGAUCGCAGGGACUCCAUGCUCUACAUUGGCAUCUCUGAGUAUUUCUUUAAAUCUGCAUCCUUUGCACACUUUGUAGCUGGGGCUCUCGGUGUCAUGCUGUCCACCAAGGAGAUUUCUAACCAUUUCAAUCAAAACGCUCAAGGAAUUGGCAGUCUGUUCUCCCGGAUUGCCGAGAUCUAUGUCUUGUCCCAGCCAUUCAUGCUGCAGAUCAUGGCCACAGGACCUCCUGAAAUCAGCCUGCACCCAAACAACUUCAGCCUGGACCUCCCUGCCUCCAUCAUCAUGCUCACUGAACUGGAGAAUUCCACCAUUGAGCCCAUCGUCUCCAUGGACUUUGUUGCGAGUACCAGUGUUGGCCUGGCUAUUUUGGGACAAAAAUUGAUCUGCUCCUUGUCUCUGAACAGAUUCCGCCUCUUGCUGCCAGAAACCAGCCACAGGGAUGUUACGGUUGUGAGGUUUGAGAACAUCCUGUCAUCCAUUCUUCACUUUGGAGUCUUCCCACUGGCCAACACAAAACUUCAGCAAGGAUUCCCUCUUCCCAACCCUUACAACAUCUCAUUCGUCAAUUCAGAUAUUGAAGUUUUUGAGGGUUUCCUUCUGGUUUCCACUGACCUGAAGCAUGAAGCCACUUCAAAGCAACAGUCAAAUCUCCAUAACUGGGGAAGUCUGGAACUGGUAAAUGGACCAUGGCGGGAACAGCCAGUCCCUUGAUUGCCUAUUCACAAUCUAUCCAAAGAAGGAAACAACUCUUAGUCCCACAGCUACUACACCUGGAGGAG